AUCGAUUUGGUAAACAACAAAGCCCGAUUUAAUUCGACUUCGGAUCUUUUUCGCAUUUGCUCGUUUACCUUGAGAUAGCUUGAGAUCUUACAAAAAGCUCUAGUUUGAAUGUUUUCAUUUUUAAAAGAAUUUCAAAAAGUAAAUCAUUCACUUUUCGUCAGUUUUAUUGACAAUCAUGCUAAAACUUGUAAUUUUCAUUACAUUUUUCGUCAUUGUGCGAUCUCAGUCAAUGACUGAAGAAACAUCUUCACCGUACGCAAACUCAGAGAAUAAACAAUCAUUGGAUGAAUUGAUAUCUGAACCGAAAAGUGAUAAUGAUAAUAAUCGUGUCAUUGGAGACAAUACCCAGAUUAACGGUCAAAAUAUCGAUGUCAAAAGUAAUAGUCAACAAGGAAGCGGUGGAACUCAAAAUCCGGAGUCGUCAAAUUCGUCAAAAAAUCCCUGUGAUGUUGGCGAGUGUAUGCCAUUCGAUGAAUGCGUCAAUGGAACCUUAGAAGAUCAAUCGGACGCCCGUAGUGCUCAAGUGGAAAAUUCCAAACCAUGUGGUGGUUUGUUUCGCAUAUGUUGUUCAGAGCGUGCAAAUAAAACUGUCGUCCCACAGAUAAAUCUUGGCUGUGGCAUUCGGAAU